UUGAGUACAAUCUUAUUUUAGUUUUACACUAACUAUAACAGAAAUGUUGAAAUGAAAUAAUAAGGAGAAGAAAAAUCUUGAUCAGAUUGGUGAAAGGGAGAAAUUGUCUGGCCAAGUUGAAAAUUUGGCACCUUCAAGAAGCCCAUGCCAUAAAUGAUGAUUUGGUAACCAUCAACCUGAUGCAGCAGUCUUUUAUCUGAGCUCGAAACGGGUUUCUGAGCUUAAAGCUAAGGUUAGCAGGCUAGUUAUGGUUGGCAAGUUAAAACCAUUCUGGAAAUAAGAUUUGAAACCUACAGUACUAAUGUCCAAAAAUGUUGUGCUUUGUCUGUCUUCGACGAACCUCAAUUACUCAGUGAUUUAAAGAGCUUAAGGGCUCAGCAACAUCACCACCCUUCAUUUUCUCUCUCAUCAGCCCUCCUUGGAGCAGUGAAUUUCAAGAUCUCCAUCACAGAAACACACCAUAUUUCUCUCUCUCUCUCUCUCAAUCGUUCUUGAUAAUUGAUCGAUCUCUCUGGAUUGUUAUGUUAGGUAGGUCACGCACAGAUCAAAGUCAAAUGGGAAUCCUAAGGGUCGUGAUUCACUGAUGAAAUCAAGGAACGGUGAAAUUGUUGGGUUGUUACAUGUGUGGUUGCAGUGUUGCUGUACUUCUUCGAUGUCGUACUGAGUGAUGAAGAGAGAAAUCAACAGGAGAGAAGAAACCGAUGGCCGUAGAAGAAAGAAGAAACUGAUGGAAGCAUCUAGUAUGGCUCAGUGGCAGAACCGCAAAAAAAAUCUCGAAUGAGGGCAAAACCGCCAAUUCGAAAUGAACAGUGUCUAGGAACAGUACUGAACAGUGCUAGGAAUAGUGUUUCGGCUUUAGAUUAUAGUAUAAUUUCAUGACCUUUUACCAAACAAAUGUAUUGAUGACUCAAUCUCCACAUGGCUAAGAUUAACGCUUUGUGAGCAAAUGAAAAGACAAUUGCUUUAAAUGUUUCUUUUUCUUUCUCUUUUUUUUUUGGAAAAGAGAACGUAAAAUAAUAAAAGUAAUUAACCCGUCUUUUUGAGUAUUCCCACUUCAAGGCCACAGUAAACUCCUCUCUCGUUUGUCAAGAAAGAAAUCAGUUCUCCGUUUUCUUGUGACUAAUCUUCGCUGCCUUGGUUGAUGGACCGUCCACCGGACACCAUGGUUGAAGAGAAAGAAGAGCUCAUGGUUUCACCUACUGGUGGAGACCCAUUUCACAAAAUAGCCCAUUUUCUGAAACCGAUAGUGCCUUCCACCGUCUUUAAGUUCCCUAAUGAAUCUUUCUCCUCCCUCCCUCCACAUUUUGGGCCAAGAGAAUGCCCUUUAGAGGUAGAAUUCCCUGGGUGGAGAAUUCAGCUGCAAGAAGAUUGGACUGCUUGGGUUGGCCGAUUGGCUUCACUUCACCAAUCCACAUGGAAGAAAGCUGGUAUAUAUGAAGCAAUCUUCAACUCGACGUACCAAAUUAGAAGAAACACCGAGUUGAUAUAUGGGUUGGCAGAGAAAUGGUGUUCUGAAACUAAUAGUUUCAUUUUUGCAUGGGGUGAAGCAACAAUCACAUUAGAGGAUUUGAUGGUGAUGGGAGGCUAUUCCGUUCUUGGAGAGUCGAUUUUCAACCCUCUUGAAAACAGAGAGCUCAAGGAAUUAGAAGAGAAACUUAAUGAAGUGAGAACAGAAAUAAACAGGGGUGCGUCGCGCAGACCUUCCGCUAGCUUAUGGUUGAAGAAGUUCAAAAACAAUGGCAGCGAAUUGGAGCAUGAAGCAUUUCUUGUGAUGUGGUUGUGCAGGUAUGUUUUUCCGGGUACUUAUAAUACAAUACAAAAGGGUGUCUUUUCCAUUGCAAUUCAUUUAGCUAGGGGCACCCGAGUUGCACUUGCACCCGCUAUUCUUGCUAGCAUUUAUAAAGAUUUGAGUUUAUUGAAUUCAGCAAUUGUGGAUUCAAGCAAGUUAGAGACAGGUUGUGAUGGUGUUAUGAAAGUCAGCAUCAAGUCACCAUUUCAAUUUGUUCAGCUUUGGGCGUGGGAAAGAUUUGUAGAGCUAAGUCCUAGCCCCGGAGUGAUCAAUCUUGGGCAGCCAAGAUUGGCUCGAUGGGACAAAGUAAAUGGUGUGGAAGUUGAAAACUUGAGGAGGGUUUUAGACUCCGCCGGAGAUGGUUUCAAGUGGCGUCCUUAUGCCUUGACCACUGAAAACUGGCAGUUGCCUAAAUACUAUCCUGAAGAGGAAAUGCAUGUAUCAGAUUGUUCAGGUUUGGAUGAUGAGUUGCAUUCAUUUUUCAGAUGCUUGAGGGCCAGUGAGCUGUCUGGAUUUGGUACUAUUGAGCAGUACCUUCCACAUAGAGUAGCAAUGCAGUUUGGAUUUGAUCAAGACAUUCCAUGUGUUGUCGCUCGAUCCAAUCCGAGUUCUGAUAUAGCUUGGAGUCAUUACAUCAAGAAAUUUGGGAAUGCAAGUUUAUAUGUUCCAUCCAGGUUUUUGAAGGCAGAUAUAAGCACAAGAUACUUGAAGUGGUGGAAGGAAUCAAUGUUGGGUCUCAAAAAGACUAUCACGCCAAAAGUAAAGAAAUCAAAGUGUAUUGGAGGAUCACAAAUGAGGGCUAAACCAUCCCCUGUACAUCCUGGUUCUGCCCCCAAGAAAGCUGUAGAAGGAUCUAAGAAAUGGAAGAAGAAUCAUGAUUUCAUCCUUCCUCCUGUUUCUAAUCUAAAGGAUUCUGAAAAUUUGGAGCUGCUUUCAAAAGGUAAUGAAGGUAAUGAUUCCCUUUUUCCUCCAGGAUUUCCUCGCAAAUGUAGUAGAAUGGAAGCCGAAGGUUCAAUGGAUGAAGAUGGACUAACUUUAUCAGAACUUAUGAAAUAUAAUAAAUUCGGAAGGGUUAAUAUGAGAACAUGUGGUGACAGUGAAAAAUUGCCAUGUCAAGUUCAAAAUCUGGCAUCUUCAAGUUCUGUUCAUACUAUGAAGUCAGAAAGGUUUGAAGCUGGAGGUCCAAUGGAUGAAGCACAAAUUAUUAAAUGUCAUUCAAAACAAAAAAAUGUCGAAACUAGAACAUGUUGUGACAGUGAGAAGUUAUCAAGUCGUGUUCAAAAUCUGUCAUUUUCAAUUGCAGCAAGUUCCGCUGAUAUUAUGAAGUCAAAGAGAUCGGGAACAGAGGAUGUGUUGAAUGAUGUUUUGAUUGAAGGGUCCAAGGCCGACAGAAACUUGAAAAAUGUUAUUGGGAGUACUGCAAGAAGUUCAGACGUGGCAAGCAUCGUUGACAAAGAAUGUGCUAGCAACAGCUCUCUAAAUGAGAAACGGGUGUCAGUGCUUAAAGAUAGGGUCAGCAGGCUUGAAGUUAUAAUUAGUGUGUUAAAAGCAAAUUAUUCUGGGAACAAGUUAGAGGAAAAGCUUAUGAAACAAGCCCCACUCUGAUUUGGCAGGGAAAAUGGAGGAUGACAAUCAAACUCUGUCAAUCAGAAACUUGGUUCUUGCAGAUAUUUUAUGGAUUGCUUAGAAUACAGUUAUAGGCUUCUUGUAUGUUUCCUUGUAUUAUGCUUUUUGUCUAGUCUAAUUAUUGUAAGGCGGCCAGAAUCUCUUGGGAAGGGGAGACCAGGAAUCGAACUCUGGAAAUAUGGGAUCUUUUCUCUGUUCUAGAUACUCUAUCUAACAAGGCAGCCAGAAUCUUUUCUCUGCACCUCAGGUGGAUCUUGUACGUGUAAUCUUUACGAUAAAUUUGCAGAGGAUGUGGGUUUGUUAUCAGCAGAAAGUUCAAUUCUAUAGUCGCCUCCGAACAAUCAGAUCCAUUAUGUUUAACAUUCCUGCAGGUUCGUUUCCGGCCAUGAAAAGAUAACUCUUCAAGGUAAUUGAUAUUAAAAUUCAGCACAGUGCUAUCAGCCUGCAAAGUGUUAUGACAUCUUAGAUUAAUACAUGUCCACUCUUGAAUCCAAUGGAACACCUUGGGUUUGAUUAAAUUUUUUGAAUUCAUUAAGAGGAAAAUGCACUUUUCUAUCUCUUCAUAUUAUAGUUUGCUGCAGUCUCAAUGUCAGAGGGUUUGAGAUUUUUGCUUUUUGGUGCUCAUGUGUUUUUUGUUGCUGUAGUUGAGAUUACUAUUAGUAUAGUUGUGAUUCUGUUCAUCUUAUUUAGGUUUAAUUUUUAUAUUUUUUUGCUGUUUGAUAUUGCUUCCAAAGCUUUCAAAUUAGUUUUUCCUGUAGACAGGCAUAAUUUUUCAAGACCACACCCAAAUUGAGCCCUGCUGCCAUUAUAUCAACAGCAAAUCCUUUAGAUAAUACUUUAGACCCAAUUCUGGAUAGGAAUUUUCAGGUUGCUUUCCCUUUAGUAAUGGGAGCAGGUCAUAUUGAUCCAUGUAUCUUUGCCAAGUCCCCAAGCCAAAUACCACAUCCAUUCCAUAACACUCCUCCAGCAUUCCCUCUCCUUCUGCCUCCUGCUGAUAUGGUGAUCAUUCUCUGGCUCAUAUGAAGUUCAGUAAUCACCGUUCAUAUUUUAGGUUCUUCAUCCUUCUUGCAAAUUGAAAAUCAAUUUAUCAUUUGGUUGUCCUCAUCGCUCAAUGUUAAAUCUAAACUGUAACAUAGAAAUGAGUUGAAGCACUUUUUGCAUUCAUAAUUUUUGUUUUUCGUUAUUAUUCUAUAUUAAGUUUAAAUCCAACGGUGAGUCUCUAUUAUUUUCUUGGUCAAUAAAUGAGCAAAAAGAAUAUCAGUGUUGCUAAACUAUGCUUAUAAGCAUAAAGUCAAGGCUACCCAGUGUAGGGGUUGGCCAAUGACGAACUUCUUUUUCAUGAUGAAAGACCUAAACACCCCUACUCACCCUCUGCAAAUGCACCUCAUUGCCCAGACUUUCAUAAGGAUGAUCACUUUCCUGUUUCUCCGCUUUAUGUUUUUUA